AUGCAGAAAGGUCCCUGGCUCAAUCCCAAGCAUCUGCAGGUGGAGAUGGGAAACCCUGCAGAGCGGCUGCCAGACAGUGCAGACAAUACUGAGCAAGGAGGUUCCUCUCCAGACUGCUGCAUCCCAUGCUAUCCAGGAUUCUUCUGUGCUGGAGUGGGUUUAAGUUUACCUACUGGAACAUGUGCUGCUGGUUUCUACUGCCCGGCAAACUUCAGCUCCUUCAGCCCAACGGCAUUUAUCUGCCCUGAGGGGCACUUCUGCCAGUCUGGGUCUGCCUAUCCAGCCCCUUGCCUCAUCGGUGAAUACCAGCCAAACCGGGGCUCGGAACGUUGCCUCCCCUGCCAAGCAGGCUUCUACUGCCAUGAGGCUGCCACAGGGAAGCCCAGACGCUGUCCACCACAUUCAUAUUGCCCUGAAGGUACUUUGUUUCCUUAUCCAUGUCCCGAUGGCACUUUUACUCCCAUGGAUAUGUCCGGCCUUCAGGAGGAGAGGGGAUGUCUUCCCUGUCCUGUGGGUCACUUCUGCAGGAGAGGACGAGUGGAAGGGAGAUGUGCUGCCGGAUUCUUUUGCCAAGAAGGGAGCCCAGACGCCACCCCACGGGGCCAUAACUUCACCUGGAGCCCCCUGGCAGGCUGUCUCUGGGGUCAGGUGUGUGCAGGACCCUGCCCAGCAGGAUUCUACUGCCCAGAAGGCUCAGAGGCACCCAUUCCUUGUCCAGAUGACACUAUUGGCUCUGCCCCAGGUGCAAGACAAAGAGAAAACUGCCUGCCCUGCCCACCAGGCCGCUGGUGUAAAGCAGGGGAUCCAGUAGCCUAUCCAUGUCCUUAUGGAUACGACUGCCACGGAAUGAAUCACACCACCCCCGGUGGACCCCGGGCCCUCCCGCAGUGCCCGAGGCAGGCUUUCCGAACAGAAAUGGGGACUGAGAACCCUAUCGAUUGCCAGCCCUGCUCAUCAGACCAUCUGUGUGCGGCCACAGGAGCCACUGCUUUCAGAGACUAUCCCUGUGCUCCUGGCCACUGGUGCCCAGGAAGAAGAGAGGCUUUCCUUUGCCCACCUGGCACCUUUAGGACCCAGCCUGGUGCUACAUCUUUGGAGGACUGUAACACCUGCCCUUCUGGGUUUUACUGCCCAGACCCAGCAAAGUCAGGGGUACCAAACAUCCAGGGCAUACCUUGCGAACCAGCCUAUGAAUGCCCACCAGGUUCACCUAGUCCUCAGAUAUGCCGGCCUGGCUCUUACUGUGGACCUCGCACGGGGGUUCCUCCCCUGUGUCCAGUAGGGUAUUACUGCCCGGAAGGGUCAUCCACAUACAACAUUCUGGGGCAGCUGUGUGUCUAUCCCCACUACUGCCCUCUUGGCAGUGCGCAUCCACUCCUGUGCCAAUCCGGUUACACAGCCCUGAACACGACAGGCCUGAGAGACUCCUUUGAGAAGAGCUGCAGGGCAUGCGCGGCCGGAACCUACGGUGGCAACCUGGACACCAUUCCACCCUGCCAGCCCUGCCCGCCAGGAUUCAGCUGCCCUGAAGGUACUGCAAGUUACCUCCAGCAUCCUUGCCCCCGGGGGUAUUAUUGCCCAGACCUGACCUCUUCCCCCAAGCCCUGCCCUCCUGGUACUUACGGGAACAGUAGCCUAGCCAAGCGGCUGGAGGAAUGCCACCCCUGCACUGCUGGAUCUUUCAAUCACCUCCCAGCUCAAACUGGGUGUUUUCCUUGCGGCAGUUCAUCGACAUCCAAUCCAGGUGCUACCAGCUGUACCUGCCAUGGUCUGAAUCGGGCUUUCCAGGAGUCUGAUGGCUCUUGCAUUUGCCAGGUGGGAUACCUUUACUUUGACGAGAGAGGGAAGAAAACACCUGACAGCAACAGUGACCAGGACUGCCAGCCCCAGGUAGAGGAGCGCUGCGCUCCUUGGGAGGUCCGCUUAGCAUCCACCCGCAAGUGUGUGUCCCCUGAGCACUAUAACUGCUCUCUGGUCUGUGGUCCAGCAAGUGGUGAGCUCCACGCUGAACUUGGCAUGUGCCACUGUGAGCAGUACAUCUCCGCUGAAGAGCUGUGUGAUCGGCUAUGCCUCCUGAGAGCUCCACAGGUUUCCCUGAGAUUUGGUCCAGAGAGGGAGCUGCUUCUAAGUGUUGACGGGACUCAAGAAAGAGAGCUACCAAAUACCUUGGGACCUGAUGAACAUGUGCAGAAAAGCCAGCAGGUGCAUUUGGCUCUCUUUGGUCCCAGUGGAGUUUUUGGCUUCCUACUUUCCAGCCCAGACAUGCUGGACACUUUCCUGGCUGGAGAUUCAGAGCUGCCUCCCCCGCGGCAGAGACGUCGGCGGGAGGGAGAGGCUACACAAUCCCAACAAUUACCCACAAUUCCAAACCCUGUUGCAUGUCUGACUGUUGGGGAUGCUAUCCUUUUCCAGCUCAGCAUCAAUCCCUAUGACCGCCUCACUAGUCACUACCCUGUCUAUCAGAAGCAGCACCUCUACAACAGCAACCCCCACUGGGAUUUUGGUGCAUUCAGAAGGCUGGACCACCUCAUUCGAGAAACUCAUCUCAACAUCUCCAGAUUCUCCCAUGUGUUCCUUGAGCCUGGGACGUACGUCUUCCGGGAUAAUGCCAUUGAAGAUUGGAUGCUGAUCGUGGUGGUGAAUGAGGAGACUAUGAGUUGCAACCCCCUUGCAGCUCCCUUCCAGCCUUCAUCUCCAUUCCAGCUUUCUCGGCAGGGGGUCCUGAAGCGCCAGGUGUUGAAUGUCGCCCCAGACUGGGCAGCUAUUGCAGCUGUGCUCUUCAUCCUGGGGUUCCUCACUGUGGUGUUGACAGCCUUAGUUGUUCUCCUGAGGCAUCCCAGCUCCGCUCCAAGUCCAAUGAAGAGCUGGAAGCCGCGGUGGAGGAGCUUGGGAGAGCCACACAUCCCCCCGGAGUAUGUGCUCAUUAAAGAGAGCAUCCAGUUCUAUGAAGCUCUUGGCUCCCAGGGAUCUGGAGAAGAACCUGAUGCAGGAGAGGGAACUUUCCCAGGAUUAGGCGACCAGUUUGCAACAAAAGACCUGGAAGAUUUCAGCGUCCGCACUUUGUAUGACAAGCUGGAGGACCAGAACCUUCACCUGGCUUCGCAGCUAGCAAAACACCGGGCAGAUGUCCUAGCUUUCUACCGAGGCAUCAGCCAGAAGAUCCAGAGUCUUUUGGAUCUGGUACAGACACUGGACAUGGAUGCAUUGAAGCGCAUGGAAAGGUCCCCAGUCCCCAGGGAUAGAGCCCAGGUCACCUUCAGCUCAGCCAAGGAGACCCAAGAAAGUGAGAGCUCCUCCAUCAAGCUUUCUGGAGUCUUGCAAGCGAUGGGCUACUCAGGUUCUGAGUGGCAGGAGGCAACAGAGUUAAUGAAAGUCCUGGGUAUUUUGCUGCGAAAAGUCCAUUUUGGGAAGGUGACAGCGAAGCCAGAAGGGACACAAGGGGACAAUGGGGCUGAUGGAUCUGGCCUGGCUAUCCAAGAGCAAGCUGGAACUCAGCAAAGAUGCCCGGGUACUAGCUCCCUGACACAGCGUGUGCUCUCCAGUGGGAAACGGGCCUCCCUUAGCUCUCGUGGCUGUGAAGACCAAGGGUUGGACCUGCAGCCUUGCAAGAGCAGCAUGCUUGCUUGCGUAAGCGAGCUGGAAGUAGAGGCCCUGAUGGCGACGUCCCCCCUUGCCAAGACCCUGGGCGAGAUCAAGCAGUUUUUGGAGGCGUCCCAGCAGCCCCCGCACUCGCCUCCUUCUCCAGGAGAAAACAUAGAUCAUGGUCGCCUUUCUUCAGGACCUUGUGUCGAUGCUGUGGUCCCCACUGACCUCACCAGCCUCUCCCCUCGCCAUUUUGUGGUUUACCGCUUUGGCUGCACUGUCACACGCCUUCUGGGAAGGGCCUUCUCCUUGCCAGCGCUGGUUCUCCUCUUGGCUCAAGCAGUCCCCAAGCAAGGCCCUACGGAGGUUCAGUUCGCCAGAGAUUCCUACUAUGAUGCCACCAACAGGUUCCUGUAUAUACUUUCAUCACACCUGGAGAGCGCUGGGGGCUUUGUGACGGUGCUGCUGAAUGCCAUGGCACACAUCAAAGCAGGCGCUAAGGAAGCUAUUCCUCCAAACGUUGGCUUUUGGAAAGAGCUCAACACAGCAGUGGCUGCCCUAGCUGAUGCUUUUUUCCAGUGUUCUUGGGGAGCAGAAGAGACAGCAGGGAAGAAUCCGAUGAAAAAUUGCUCGCCUGUUUGUUUAGCUGCUCGGUCGAUUUUUGAAGAACUGCUGAGUCUCCGAAUGUUGCCUGACUCUCGUUUCCUUGAGCAACACCCACGGGAAAGAUUGCAAGAUUACAGAAGUUUCCUGCUGCAAGCAGAGCUUCAAAAUAUAAUGGAAACUUCAGGGAAACUUGAGGAAAGAGCACGCAGCAGUGAGAGGAAGACUUGGGCAGGAGAUUCCUCUGACCUUCAGGUGAAGAUUGAAGAGCUGGAGGAGAUGCUGGAUGGCUUGAAUGAGGACUUCUUCCAGCUGACAGUGCAGGCCUUAACAAUUCAAGAAGAAGAGGAACAUCUGGACCGUGAACUCAGAGCACAAGAGGAGUCACCUUCAUUUGCAUCUUCAAGUUGUCUCCCUGAGGAGAAAGCACGUCACUUCUCGGAACAUCUUGAAUCUUGGGCUGCCAAGAGAGACCAAAGUGUGUUGCUGGAAAUCAAGAGAAGUCUCAUUGUGCAGAGAAUCAAAGACGUUGAAUUGGAACUGGCUCAUUGUCUGAAAAUCCAUCGUGGUGGCCAACUCAGCAGCUGA